AUAACUAAUAAAACAGCCUAACGCUGAAAGCUAGUUCGUCAACACUUCACUUUUACACUCUCUUAUCACAUAACUCCUCAAAAAGAUCUGAAUCCAGACCCGAUUACCCGAACAGAAAAUAUGGGCGGUGUGAAACCGGGUACGGGUACGGGUCAGAAUUUGUGGCUGGCUACUGACCCGAGCAAGAGAUGGGGCGAGCUCUUCUUCCUCUUCUACACUCCUUUCUGGCUCAUUCUGUGUUUAGGCAUUGUCGUUCCAUACAAACUCUACGAGAGCUUUACAGAAUUGGAGUACCUACUUUUGGGAUUGGUUUCAGCGGUUCCUUCUUUCUUGAUACCAAUGCUCUUUGUUGGGAAGGCUGAUAGCUUUUUGCCUUUGAAGGAUCGUUAUUGGGUCAAGGCCAGUUUAUGGAUUAUACUCUUUAGCUAUGUAGGGAAUUACUUUUGGACCCACUAUUUCUUCACAGUUUUGGGAGCUUCUUAUACUUUUCCGUCAUGGAAGAUGAACAAUGUACCACACACAACUUUCCUUCUCACACACGCUUGCUUUUUAUUUUAUCAUGUUACAUCAAACAUGACACUUCGCAGACUCCGGCAUUCUAUUGCCGACUUGCCAGAGAAAAUUCAGUGGAUUUUUGAGGCUGCAUGGAUUUUGGCUCUUUCUUAUUUCAUAGCAUACCUUGAGACUUUGGCUAUUUCUAAUUUCCCUUAUUAUCAAUUUGUGGACCGAGCAUCCAUGUACAAAAUUGGCUCCUUGUUUUAUGCCAUCUACUUCAUUGUAAGCUUCCCUAUGUUUCUGAGAAUUGAUGAGAAACCUAGCAAACCAUGGGACCUACCGAGAGUGGCGGUUGAUGCUCUGGGUGCUGCUAUGCUAGUUACAAUAAUACUUGAUUUGUGGCGCCUCUUUCUAGGACCUAUUGUUCCUGUUUCAGAUUCAAAACAAUGUCUUCAACCAGGACUGCCAUGGUUUCCAGGACAUGCCAUUGAAACAUGACUGAUGAAUUUGCAGAACAGGGACAUGGGUUAACUUCCUGUCAUCUUGCUGAUGCUGUAAUGUUUUUUGUACCAACUAGAUCAUUGUUGCUUUUUUACAUUUUUAGGAUAUGUAAAAAAAUUGUUUGGGCAAGCAGUAAACAAUCAAGUUCACUAUUGUUGUGAUUUAUUUCAGCUCAGUCUAUUUAGAUUUGACACUAAAAUGAUGAGGAUCUUCUCUACUGUUCAACUUCAAACUAAAAUUAAAUUUGUCUCAUUUUCUCUUUGAUAUUA